UAAUCAGUAUUUACCUUUCACUUGGAGCGUUCAGUUUGAAUUGAUUUCGGAUACUUAUAUAUUUACAGAUAAACAAACAUACACGUAAUGAAAUAUUCAUUCUACCUAUUCCUUUUAAUGUGUCAUACGCAAUAUGUCACAACUUGGCGUUCUUUUGCGUUCCGCUUCUCUACAAUACAAUGUACGAAACGAUCGCAACUCAUCUCAUUCGUAAAUUGUUCGGUAGCGGAACAAAAUGGAGUUAAAUACGGUGUUUCAUUUAGCUUGAAAUUUUCCACCGCCAUUGUGAAUCCCUAUCUCGAUGUAAUUGUAACCGCCAUACGGAACUCUCAACCGGAAUUUGUGAUUAUCAACAUAACCCAUUUCGAUGGCUGCAAGUUUCUACAGAACACCAAUCCUUUUAAUUUAUUGCAAAUAUUGCGUAAUGAAUUUGAAAAAUUUUCCAAAAUUCCAAAUAAGUGUCCAGUGGCAAAGGACACAGAAAUACACGUAAAGAACAUGUCUUUGGACCCGGAAAAGUUCCCCCCAUAUGUGCCACAAACAGGUUUCCGGACGGAAGUGCGACUGUGGGAAAAAGACACCGUAAUUCUUAAUCUAAUGGUUAACGGGAGUGUAGAUACGAAGAAACGCAUAAAUAGACAAAAAACGAAAAAUAACUAAAACGAUAGUGGUGAUCGAAUGAGUUCAUACGCAAAUAUAAAAUUUGUAAUCAAUCUAUAUUGCUAUGUAGACAAUUGUCAAAAAUCAACUUCCAAAAAUUAUUAAAUUAAACGUAUGGAUCGACA